GGCUACAUUCCCUAUCCGUCCCCCCCUACUCAAUCCAUCACCGCUCCACCGCCGCCAACGCCAACAACGCUUCCGACGACGCGUCUCUACACCGCCUACAGCCGCCUCUUCUCCUUCUCCUUCUCCUUCUCCUUCUUAGGGUAAAAACAAAACCAACCCCUCUCUCUCUCGAUUUCCUCCUCUAAAACCAAACGAACCUCUCUUCCCCCCCUCCCUCACCCUCUUUCUAGGGUUUUCGAGGGUAUAUCUCGUCUCUCUCUCUCUCUCUCUCUCUCUCUCUCUCUCUAAUGGCUGCUAUUCUCCGCUCCGCCACUCCGCUCUUCAACGGCUGUCGCGGCUGCUGCUGCUGCUCCGCCUCCGGCGACGGCGGCGCUGCUCGACUCUCUUCAGCGCCCGCCAAGGUGUCUUGCAUUGGAAGCUUGAGCUCGGCUCGAAUUCGUUCAAGAGUGUUUGUUUCCAGCAUCUCUUCGAUGGAAGCAUCCUCGUCACAAAUACCCAGUGCUAGCAACACCCAGCCUAUGACUAGUACAACUAUGGAGGCUCUACAUAUUUCUCCUCGUCCGAAGCAAGCAUUGAUAUCAUUGUCAGAUAAGACAGAUCUUGCUUUCCUUGGAAAUGGUCUCCAAAACUUAGGUUAUCAUAUUGUCUCAACUGGCGGGACUGCAUCUGCUUUAGAAAAAGCUGGAGUUACUGUCACGAAAGUUGAAAGUAUAACCAAUUUUCCAGAAAUGUUAGAUGGUAGAGUGAAAACUUUGCAUCCUGGCAUACAUGCUGGUAUCCUUGCUCGAAGAGAUCAAAAGCAUCAUAUGGAAGCCUUGGAUAAGCAUAACAUUGGUUUAUUCGAUAUAGUGGUUGUGAAUUUGUACCCAUUCUACGAUAAAGUUACUUCUAUUGGUGGAGUUACAUUUGAGGAUGGGAUUGAGAAUAUUGACAUUGGUGGUCCUACCUUGAUCAGAGCUGCUGCUAAGAAUCAUGCAGAUGUUUUGGUUGUGGUUGAUUAUAAAGACUAUCCUGCAGUCUUAGAAUUUCUACAAGGGCAGCAAGAUGAUCAGGGUUUUCGCAAGAAGCUGGCGUGGAAGGCUUUCCAGCAUGUUGCUUCUUAUGAUUCAGCAGUUUCAGAGUGGCUGUGGAGGCAGUCGGCAGGAGGAGAUAAAUUUCCCCCCAACCUAACAGUGCCUUUAUCCCUGAGGUCUCCACUUCGAUAUGGAGAAAAUCCUCAUCAAAAGGCUGCAUUUUAUGAGGAUAAGAGUCUUUCCGUGGUGAAUUCUGGAGGUAUUGCUACUGCUACACAACAUCAUGGGAAGGAAAUGUCUUACAAUAACUAUUUAGAUGCGGAUGCUGCUUGGAAUUGUGUAUCGGAGUUCAAAAACCCCACCUGUGUCAUCGUGAAGCAUACAAAUCCAUGCGGAGUAGCAUCUCGCCAAGAUAUUCUUGAGGCAUACAGGCUAGCUGUGAAGGCAGAUCCUGUUAGCGCAUUUGGUGGAAUAGUUGCCUUUAACACAACAAUUGACGAGGAUCUUGCGAGGGAAAUCCGAGAAUUUAGGAGCCCAACAGAUGGUGAAACUCGAAUGUUUUAUGAGAUAGUGGUAGCACCUAAGUACACAGAAAAGGGUCUUGAGGUCUUACGAGGUAAGUCGAAGACUUUGAGAAUCCUUGAAGCAAAAAAGAGUGGAAGUGGGAUGCUCUCUCUCCGGCAAGUUGGUGGCGGUUGGUUGGCCCAAGAGUCUGACGAUUUAACCCCUGAAGAUAUUAAAUUUAAUGUAAUGUCUCAAAGAGUUCCACAAGAAAAUGAGCUUUCUGAUGCAAAGUUUGCAUGGCUUUGUGUCAAGCAUGUUAAGAGUAAUGCCAUCGUAAUAGCCAAGAAUAACUGUAUGUUGGGAAUGGGAAGUGGGCAACCAAAUAGAUUGGAGAGCUUAAGAAUUGCUUUUCGGAAAGCUGGCGAAGAAGCUAAGGGAGCCGCUCUGGCCAGCGAUGCCUUUUUCCCAUUUGCGUGGAACGACGCAGUUGAAGAAGCGUGCCAGAAUGGCGUAACCGUGAUCGCCGAACCGGGCGGGAGUAUGCGGGAUAAUGAUGCUGUGGAAUGUUGCAACAAGUAUGGGGUGGCUCUUCUCUUCACCAAUGUGAGGCAUUUUAAGCAUUAAUAUGCAUGGAGAGAUUCCCUCAACUAUAAGCUAUAUAGUGAUUAAUAGCUAAAGGUAUUAAUUCUAAAGAAACCGACUCAAAUAACUCGAAUCAAAAUAAAUGAAAAUUGAGGGGAAGUUAGUGAAAAAAAAAGAAAGAAAUACUUUUCAUUGGCCUAUUUCAAAAUGGCCCUGCAGUUGCUCCGCCUCACAUUGUGUGGCUCUAAUAAAAUCUAUGAAUUAUAAGCAUGUCCUGGCAAGGAUUCUAUGUAUUUGGAAUCAUAAAUUUUGGUGGUUUAAUGUUAAAUGCAUUUUCUUUUUGUCAAAUUCAUAAAUUAUUGAAUUCAUGCAUUGUUUUUAACUUAAUUA